GUGGAUAUUAUAGUAAUGAUGGCCAGUGUUAACAAAAAGAUGCGAACCACUGAUGUUGUUGUUGUUGUUGUGGACAAUGACUUGUAUCCCGAAAUGCAUCACUUGAUGAACCCAGAGGUAAGUGAUGUCCAGUUUGUAAUCAAUGGCCAAACGAUUCCGGCAAUCAAAGCGCUUAUGUCCACCAAAAGUGUUGUAUUUCGGUCAAUGUUUUCGGGCAAAUGGGUUGAAUCGGGCGGUAAACCGAUUGAGAUCCGGGACACCACUCCGGAGGCGUUCAAAGUGAUGCUGGGUUUCAUAUAUACCGAACGAUUGAUACUCAACAACGACAAAGAUAUCGAUCACAUCCGGGAUGUACUGAAACUCGCCGAUAGAUAUCAAUUGAAACGAUUGAUACAAAGUUUGGGCCAACCAUUGAUACCAUUGCUAAGUAUGGAUAAACUGGAAGUUUUGGGCCAAUUGGCGUUUACCUAUCAAUUGGACGAUCUGAUUGCUAAACUAAAGAUAUUUAUUGAUGAAAAUUUCCAGCAAUUGAUCCAAAAACCAGAAUCUGAAUUGAAUUCAAUCAAUACAGCCGUCAAUAAUCUAUUGUUUACAUUAUCGAUGUUGGUUUUGGUGAUUUAA